AUGGUGAGGGGGUGGGUUUUUUUUACCGGUGGUCCCGAUGGCUGUUUGUUUGUUGAUUCGGAAUUGUUAAUUCAUCUGCACACUGAUCUGGAACAUUGUGGGCUUUUUGAUUUUGGGUAUGCUGGUAUUAUAACUUACAAAGAUGAUGAAACAAUCCAGAAAGGGGAAACCAUCAGUGAGCAGCUCAUCAGAUCCAUACAGGACUCAAGGUUUUACAUAAUUGUGUUCUCCAAGAACUACGUGUCUUCAUCAUGGUGCUUGAAUGAGCUUGUAGAGAUUAUGAAGUGCCAGAAGGCAGCCGAGCAGACUGCUUACCCGAUUUUCUUUGAUGUGGAGCCCAGGGAAGUGCGCCACCAAAGUGGGGCAGUUGGAGAAGCCUUUGCAAAACAUGUAAGAGGUAGUUGGGACUCUGUUCUACCUCUGGACUGUCUUUUUUCUGUUGUGGCAUCUUGCUGCAACGAAUCUUCUGCUGCUUUGUUGACCGUAGAUAUGGAAAAUGUAGAUGAUGUUGGAAGGUGGAGAAAUGCUAUGAAAGAAGCAGCCGGGCUGGAUGGACUGGAGUUGAAGAACACUUUUAAUGGACAUGAAGCAAAAUUCAUCCAACAAAUUGUUGAAGAGGUUUCGCUUAAGCUACAUUUCUUUAAUCCAAUAGUUGAUGGGAAGUUAGUAGGCCUGGAGACCCGGAUCUGGGGGAUAGGAGGUGGUGGUAAGACGACUUUGGCAAGAGCUGUUUUUGAUUGUGUAUCCAUUUGGUUUGAAGCUAAAUGUUUCGUUGAGAAUGUCAGGGAAGGCUCAGAAGGCUCUGGUUUGAAGGAGUUACAGAAAAGGGUCCUUCAAUGUGGGUUAAAUGAUAAAAGCAUUGAGGUAGAAAGUGUUUAUAAUGGGAAAAGUUGGAUGAAAAGGAUGAUGGGCAGUAGAAAGGUUUUGCUUGUUCUAGAUGACGUGGAUCAUAUAGACCAACUUGAAGCGUUAGCUGGUGAGCCUACUUGGUUUAAGCCAGGAAGUAGAAUCAUCAUUACAACAAGGAAUAAGCAAGUGUUGAAGGCACACCAAGUGAACUUUAUUCACCAACUGUACUUUAUUCAUGACGUCAACCUGUUAUCACAUGAGGAAGCAAUUUGCCUCUUCAGUAGGUAUGCAUUUGGGAGAGAUAUUCCGAAUCAAGGGUAUGAAGAGCUAUCCAGGAUGGUUGUACGUUAUGCUAAUGGUCUUCCCUUGACAAUCAAAGUUUUGGGUUCACAUCUUUGCAGUAGAAGUGAGCAUGAAUGGGUAGACGCCAUAAAAAGACUAGAAACAAUUCCGUUGAAGGAAACUUUGGAUAAACUGGAACUAAGCUAUAUUGGUCUUGAGAAUGAUGAAAAAGAAAUAUUUCUGGAUAUUGCUUGCAUACUUAAAUAUGCCACGAAGAAAAAAGCAAUCAGAAUACUUAAAAGUUGUGGAUAUCAUGCUGAGAUUGGUCUAAGUGUUCUUGAACAAAAAUCCUUGAUAACCAUAUCUAAGGUUGACUACUAUGGUGAAGAUGCUGUUGAGAUGUUGUUCAUGCAUGAUCAUCUAGAAGAAUUGGGCAGGAAUAUUGUUCGGCGAUUGCACCCUCAUGAGCCUAAGAGACAUAGUCGAUUAUGGGUUAAAAAGGAAAUUGAAGAUAUACUGGUUAAUGAAUCGGGUACUGAAGAAACAAAAUGUAUAAAACUCAAGAUCAGAGUUCUUGAUCCAGUAGUUAUUAUGAAAGGUCUUAGAAAGAUGAAGGAACUUAGAUUGCUUUACAUAUUUACUUUGUUUAGAACAUAUGAAGUUGAUGAAGUUAGCAAAUACUUACCAGAUGCUUUAGAAUCUCUUUAUUGGCGUGAAUAUCCUUUUUGUUGUUUACCUAACACAUUUAAAGCAAAUAAGCUCGUUAACCUUGAAAUGGCUCAGAGCAAUAUCUCUGAACUUUGGAAGGGAGGAGAAAGAAAGGUUCUUAAAAAGCUUAAAUUCCUUGACUUCUCUGGUUCAAAGUUGACAACCUUUGACCUUACGGUUACUCCACAUCUUGAGGAGUUAAAUCUUGGACGAUGUAAUCACCUUUAUGAAGUCCACAUGCCCGUUGAAUGUCCGAGCCUCAAAUUCCUCAACCUAUAUCGUUCUAAGGUGAGUAAUAUUAACCUUUGGAUGACUCCACAUCUUGAGCAUUUAAAUCUUGGAGGAUGUGGUGACUUUGUAGAACUCCAGUUGCCGGUUGAAUGUUCGAACCUUAAAUUCCUCCACCUCGGUGGUUCUAAGCUGAGUAACCUUAACCUUGGGAUGACUCCAUAUCUUGAGCAUUUAGAUCUCGGAGAGUGUUUUGACUUUGUAGAACUACAAAUUCCGGUUGAAUGUCUUAACCUCAAAAUCCUGGAUCUCAGUGGUUCUAAGGUGACUAACCUUAACCUUGGGAUGACUCCACAUCUUGAGAAGUUAAAUCUUGGAGAAUGUGCUAACUUUGUAGAACUCCACGUGCCCGUUGAAUGUCCGAACCUCAAAAUCCUUGAUCUCAGUCAUUCUAAGGUGACUAACCUUAACCUUGGGAAUACUCCACAUCUCGAGUAUUUAAAUCUCCAAAAAUGUUCUGACUUUGUAGAACUCCACAUGCCCGUUGAAUGUCCGAACCUCAAAAUCCUCGAUCUCCAUUGUUCUAAGGUGACUAACCUUAACCUUGGGAUGACUCCAUACCUGGAGCAUUUAGAUCUAAGAGAAUGUUCUGACUUUGUAGAACUCCACGUGCCCGAUGAAUGUCCGAACCUCAAAAUCCUCAAUCUCAGUCUAUCUAAGGUGACUAACCUUAACCUUGGGAUGACUCCUUAUCUUGAGUGUUUAGAUCUAAGAGAAUGUUCUGAAUUUGUAGAACUACAAAUGCCGGUUGAAUGUCCGAACCUCAAAAUCCUCGAGCUCCAUCUUUCUAAGGUGACUAACCUUAACCUUGGGAUGACUCCAUAUCUGGAGCAUUUAGAUGUAAGAGAAUGUUUUGACUUUGUAGAACUCUACAUGCCCGUUGAAUGUCCGAACCUCAAAAUCCUCCUUCUCAAGCUAUCUAAGGUGACUAACCUUAACCUCAGGAUGACUCCAUAUCUUGAGUAUUUAGAUCUAAGAGAAUGUUCUGACUUUGUAGAACUCCACAUGCCCAUUGCAUGUCCGAACCUCAAAAUCCUAAACCUCUGUGGUUCUAAGGAGGGUAACCUAAACCUCGGGAUGACUCCAAAUCUUGAGAGAUUAAAUCUUGAUGCAUGUAAUGAGUUCGAACUCCACAUGCCUCUGAAUGUCCAAAGCUCAUAUACCUUAAAAUCAGGGGUUCUAAGCUUAGACCAUCACUCAAAUUUUGAAAGUUUUCAGGUUGGGGAUCGGUACAGAUCAAGUAUGUUUUAUUCUGCAGCUACAUCAUAUAUAACAACACAGUGUAUACGUAUAUGCCCAGUGCACCCUAACAAUAAAUUGCCAAAGUUUGGGUUUGAAUGUGAAACAGAUGAACCUGGAUCCUCAUGGAUGGGAAAUCAUGAGAAGCUUAUUUAUUCUAGUCUAUGCCCUUGCAAAUACCUUGAGAAUUGGUCUGCAACUAUUUGUGGUUUACCACAUUUAAGAGGGCUUUCACUUGAAGGCAAUAUUCAUGGGGAUGUAUGGCGGUUAGAAAGUCUACAGAAGCUUUCUUUGAGGUUCAUGGAGAUUCGGCAUCUUCCGGAUAGCAUUUGUAUGUUGAAACAUCUGAAAUCACUUGUAAUUGGUCAUUGCUGGGAUAUUGAGCAGUUACCAGAAAAUAUAUGCAGAUUAGAGUGUUUAGAAGAGUUAGACCUGGCUAGUUGUGUAUCCUUACGAGACAUCCCAAACAACAUAUGUAAGAUUAAAUGUUUAAAAUACUUAAGGCUCCUUCGUUCUGAUAAAAUUGAGAAAUUGCCCGAGAAACUUGGAUGUUUAGAAUGUUUAGAGAAGUUAGAGCUAAUAAAGUGUAAAUCUUUACUAGAUAUCCCAAACAACAUAUGUAAGAUGAAAUGCUUAAAACGUUUAGAUGUCUCCGGUUGGGAUAAAGUUGAGAAAUUGCCAGAGGAACUUGGGUGUUUAGAAUGUUUGAAAGAGUUAAAUAUAAAUGCUGCGGGGAUAAGUUGUCUUCCACAGAGCAUUUAUCAAUUGAAAGGCCUGCGUAUUAGUGGGUCUAGAGAGCAGCUUGAGUCGUGUGGUUUUACACCCUUCACAGAAUUAUCAAAUUAG